GCCGCCACCAUGUCGAACUACAACCAGUACUCGGGCUACGGCGGGAAUCCCUACGAACAGCAGCAGCAAGAGGGUGCCGGCGGCUACGGCGCAUCGAAUCCCUACGGCGGCGCGGCCUACAAUAAUGGCUCGUCGCAACAACAGCAAAACUACGAGACCGCCGCGCCCGCCCCGCAUGCGAUCCAAGGCAAUCCCGCCGUGCCCGGCCUCGCCGUCGAGUACGUUCCCGCGAGCCGCACAGUGAUGUCCAACUCGGACUUCCUCUCGCGCGUGGAAGCCGUCAAGGCCGACAUCCGCACCUUGACCACACAUGUGGGCCAAAUCGCCUCGGCGCACCAGCGCACGCUCUCAUCGCCCGACACGGCCUCAUCGGCGCAACUCGAGUCCAUGAUCAGCCAGACGCAGGUUCUCAACACGGGCAUCAAGGACCAGAUCAAGUUCCUCGAGCGCGACGCCGCGCAAAGCCAGAACAACAACGUCAAGAACACGCAGGUCGGACAGCUCAAGUCGAGCUUCAAUAAACAGUUGCAGGAGUAUCGGGUCGAGGAACUCAACUAUGAGAAGCGCUACCGGGAGCAAAUCGCACGGCAGUACCGGAUUGUCAACCCGGAGGCGACGGAGCAGGAAGUUCAAGAAGCGUCCGAGGCGGAUUGGGGUAAUGAGGGUGUUUUCCAGACGGCGCUCAAAUCCAACCGCUCCGCCACCGCAAGCACAGUCCUCGGCUCCGUCCGCGCUCGCCACAACGACAUUCAAAAGAUCGAAAAGACGCUCAUCGAACUGAACCAGCUGAUGGAGGAUCUCGCGACCGCCGUGGUGGUGCAGGAAGAAGCCGUCGCCGUCGCGGAGACGCACACGGCCAAGGUCAAGGACGACACGGAAGCGGGCAACAAGCAGCUCGACUCGGGAAUCGCGUCGGCGAGGCGGGCGAGGAAGAUGAAGUGGUGGUGUCUGUGGAUUUGCGUGGCGAUUGUGUGUAUUGUUGCGUUGGUGUUGGGACUGUAUUUUGGUGUGGGCCCGCCGAGUAAGAAUUGA